GGCGAUUGUUCACUACACAAAAAGGCAUACGAUGUCUGACGCAAAGGUUAAAGAAGGUCUGGCUUAUCUGGCCGACGGAGAGAAAGCUCGCAGUAAGAAGAGUCUUUUUGGCAAACCAAAACCCGAUUGGGAUGUUGCUGUCCAGAAUUAUGAAGCUGCAGCGAACUGCUUCAGAAACGCGAAAUGCUGGGAUUACACUGUUGAGGCAUAUAUGAAGGCAGCUGAAGCCCACAGGAACUUAGACUCACUAUUUCUAGCCGCAAAAUCCCUAGAGUUGGCUGCCGCCAUUCUGGUGCAGCAACUCAAGAAACCGGAUGAAGCGUCUGAUCUAUAUCGCCAAACUAGUCAGUACUUCCUUGCUCAGGGAUCGCCUGAUCGUGCCGGGGAGGCGCUGGAGAAAGCUGCCAAGGCUGUUGAAGCAACAGAUAUCGGAAAGUGUAUAGAGUUGUAUGAUGAGUCUUGCAAAAUCUUCGAAGAGGAGAAUAAAUUACGGUUUGGUGUCGAGACCUUCAAAAGGGCGAUUGCUGUUUCUCUGAGACACAGAAGAUAUGACAAAGCCCUUGAACUGUCACGACGGCUCUGCGACGCAUUCACACACCUCGAACAGCGGCCAAACUUCUGUAAACAAGCUCUCAGCACAGUCAUUAUCUUGCUGGCCAUGGGGGACGAAGUGGGCGCCACAAAACAAUUGGAGAUGUAUGGAAGCAUAAAUGGCUUCGCUCAAGCUGAAGAGGGGGUUAUAGCACAAGGGAUAUUGGAAGCCAUGCAAACGGGAGAUGAGGAUUCGCUGUCAGCUGCUAUGAAGAAGACGCCUGUGCAAUUCUUGGACAAUGAGGUUACACGCAUUGGACGCGAGCUGCGGGUGCCAGGAGGGGCCAAAGGAAUAUCGCUUCACGACAAGCCCGCAUCGGAGGCGGUUAAGCAGUUGCAGGAGGAGGUUGAAGAAGAGGGCUUUCUCUGACACUCCCGACGUGCCGUGCCGCUGGUCAUUAACCGUUAUCGGGAAGUAUGGUUGUGCGGUGCUUGGGCAGAUGAAUGUGAAAAGACAGAGAGGCGUAGCCUGAAGCACCCGAGUUCAAUGCAAGAUUAACCAGUACACUACGUUCGCCCAAUUGUAUUUUGGCUAAUCCACUGGAUGUAUGCGUCAUUGCCACCCUCAAUCUAAAGUUUCGCAUUUAGUGAGUAUCUGAACUUAUGAGAAG